GGAAGUGGGGAAGGAGACACGUGCGCGUGCGCGGCAGUAUGGAGCUAGUGUGCGGCUGCUACGAGCAGGUUCUUUUCGGGUUCGCGGUGCACAGGGAGCUGGGCGGGAGCGGCCAGAGCGAGAAAUGGACCCCUGUGGCUGACUUCACCCACCAUGGCCAUGCUGCCUCCUUGUCAGCAGUAGCUGUAAAUAACCGUUUUGUGGUCACUGGAAGCAAAGAUGAAACAAUUCACAUAUAUGAUAUGAAAAAAAAGGUAGAACAUGGAGCAUUGAUGCAUCAUAAUGGCACAAUAAAUUGCCUGAAAUUCUUUGGUAACGGGCACUUAAUUAGUGGAGGAGAAGAUGGACUAAUUUGUGUUUGGGAUGCAAAGAGAUGGGACUGCUUGAAGUCUAUUAAAGCACAUAAGGGACACGUCACUUCCCUUUCUGUUCAUCCAUCUGGCAAAUUAGCACUGUCAGUGGGAACAGACAAGACAUUACGAACAUGGAACCUUAUUGAAGGAAGAUCAGCAUUCAUAAAAAAUAUAAAACAAAAUGCUCACAUAGUUGAAUGGUCCCCUAGUGGAGAGAAAUAUAUUGUUGUCACAAUAAACAAGAUAGACAUCUACCAACUUGAAACUGCAUCCAUUACUGGUACCAUCACCACUGGAAAGAGAAUUUCUUCUGUUACAUUUAUUUCAGAUUCCAUACUUGCUGUGGCUGGAGAUGAAGAAAUUGUAAGGUUGUUUGACUGUGAUUCACUAAAAUGUCUCUGUGAAUUUAAGGCUCAUGAAAACAGAGUAAAAGACAUUUGCAGCUUUGAAGUCCCAGAGCAUCAUGUUAUUGUUACAGCAUCAAGUGAUGGCUUCAUCAAAAUGUGGAGGCAUAAUCCAAAUAAGAAGACUCCUCCAUCUUUACUAUGUGAAGUAAACACUAAAGCCAGACUCACCUGCCUUGGAGUAUGGCUAGACAAAGUUACAGAUGCCAAAGAUCAGCUUCCUACAGCUGCAGCCCCUUCUCCUGUAAACAAAGAAGAACAAGAGUUCAAAACUAGCCCCCAAAAAUCUGAUGAUUCAGCAGGAAAACAGCAACAAUCCAAGAAAUUUGGUUGGACUAAGGAUAAUAAAAAACCAACAAAAGCAGAAAAUGUAGUGUCUGUCAAGAAAAGAAAAUUGGAAGGUAUACUAGAAAAGAAGAAAAAAAAGAAAGUACAAAUCACUGAAUAAAUCUUUGAAAAUUCAAGAAGUCUUUAUAAUGAAAUCAUUAUUUCUCAAUUUUCUCCUAAUUAUUUUUGUUUUUGAGUAAAAGUAAGGAAUUUCUACAUAUGAGAAAUUCAUGUGGCACAUAUAUGAAAGCUUCUUGUAUUUUAGAGGUCUUAGUGUGUUAAGUGUAUAUAACAUGGUAACAUAAAAUAUGUAAUAUUUUUGUUAUGUAAAGUAAAUAAUGUUUGAAUUUACAAGCUUUUCAGAAGCCCUAAUACUGUUCUUUUCAAAUUCGAAUGUAAAAUAAAUAGAGAUGGAGAUUUCCAGUGUGGUGAGAAAUCAAGUGAAAAAAUAUUUUUUCAAAGUUGUAAAAUUGUUAUUAAAAAAAGUUGAAAAAGUUUGUAAAUGAUAUAGGGAAAGGUAACAUUUAAAGUAUUGGUUUCAUCCCUUCUACCAAGAGUGGAAACAAAUCUUAGCUGACAUAUGACUCAGUAUUCUCAACAGAGGUGAAGAGACACAGGACACAGUCUGCUCAUUGCAGUGGAAUUGCCUCCUAACCAGUUUUCUGACUGUUUUGAAAUAGCAAAGUAAGAAAGGUGAAUGCUUAAUGCAGCUGCACAGAGAACCAAAUACUUGAAGCCUAUAAAGAUGAACAGGGAAGCCGUAAGGAAAAUGGAUUUUGUUUUUAGUCUGAUAGACAGAAUAAAGUAAAAAUUUUCUUAAAUGUGAGUUAUAACUUUUUUUUUCUUUGUAAGGCAAGGUUUAAGUAAUGGGAUGAUUAAAGAACACUUUUUUUAUGGGUAGGGUAUGUUUAUGUGAGUGAAAUAAGAAAACCAGAUACUUGGAUUUGCAGUAUUAGAUUACAUGAAAAAAGGAUAAAGAUGGCAGGAAUAAAGUCUGAGAAAGCUGGCAACCUAGUGUGUUAUCUGAAAUUUCAGUCUAUGCCUCCUGUGAGUUCAAAGGACUAUACUUCUCUAAAGAUGGAAGGUUAUACCAUACAGGAUUCAAUGUUAGUAAAAGUCCAUAGGGGAUUAAGGAGUGAAAGUUUAGCAUGAGGAUCAGGUUUAUGCUAGUGUUUGCUGACUAGAUACACAGAAGAAAUUUACCCAAGUGAUAACAGAGUCUUUGUUUGGAUUCCAUGUUGUGGAAUUACCAAGCAGUCCUUAGCUAUCUAAGUAGUUAAAUCCAUCAAGAUGGCCUUCCUUUAUAUAGAAUGAUAGUCUGUAGUGAAAAUUGCAUGUUCUGCUCAUGAAAAUACAGUGUGACCUGCCCCAUUUGAAACAAAAGUAUUCCUUAGGGUUAUCUAAGUGUGAGCAAGCUGAAAGUUUUCUAAGCCAGUUUAUGAGAAAAGUGGCCACGGUUCAGGCCCUGGUUCUGCCACUUCUGUGAAACCAUGAACAGCUUACAUAAGCUUUCCAUGUUCCCAUUUCUUCGUCUGUAGAAUGGGAGUAAUAACUUGCAUCGCCUGUUUCAUGGUAAUGUGAGGAAAAUGUAUUGCCAUUUGGCUACUGUGUAAAAGCAAGCUAUUGACUCUGUAUGUGAUAUUUUAAAAGAAAGUUAAUUUUUAAAAAUAGGUAUAUUAAUCCUAUUAAGUGAACAUUACAGAACCUCCAGUGCAGGAAUCCCUUUUAUAUAUCCCUGAGGUGGUAACUUAAUCUCUGCAUAAAAUACUACUUUCUAAGGCAGCCCAUUGCAUUGUUUUACACCUAUGUUCUGAAGCUCUGUUGAUGAAUGUGUACUCCUUAUACUCUUUCCUGUUGCCCCUAGUUCUGCUUUCUAAAGCAGAAGACACUUGGAAUGUGUUAAGAGAGCUAUGGUGUCCCUCCUUACAAACACUCUUAUCACCAGCUUCCAGUUUAGAAUUAUAUGAUUUAAAAUUAAAAGUGACCUUAGAACUCUUCUAGCUCAAUCCUGUCCUUAAAUAGAUAAGGAAACUCUACUAGCCAGAAAGUUUAAGUUACUAGUGUCAUAAUGUCAGCAAAUAGCCAUAGUGUUAGAUUUGGACCAUUUGGACUGCAAAACUGGCGUUCUGUCCUCUAUAUUGCAAAGCCUCAUUCAUAACUUCCAUUUCAAUGAGAUGAGGCUGUGUCCUUGUCUUAGUAGAGAUGAUGUGGUCAUUAAUAGUGGAUGCAAUCGAAUUCUGUUCAGUUCAACAAGCAUUAAUUAAAUGCUGGCUGUAUGCUUUGUAUUAUAAUAGGUGUCAGGGAUGAGGGAAUAGAAACUAGACCUGUGAUUUCAGUGGCAUAAGGUACUCCUGGUCAUCUCCACAUUACACCCCUUGUAUCCAUCAUCUUUAUCCCCCUCCCCUGAACCUUGGAUUUUGCACCUGAGACUCUGGGCUCUGACAGAUAAGCAUUCACUUUAACUCUUAGAACUGGGCCUCAAUACAACUUUCUGACCAUCUCGACAUUCAUAUUGUCCCUCCGUUUUCACCUCCCCUUUAUAUGUAGUCUUCCGCAUUAGACUAAGAGCAGAAACCGCCUUGCUUGUACUUGAAUCUCCAGCACAAGUAGUGAUAAACACUAAGCACUCAAUGCUCUUCUAUCCCUAGUGAGGGAACUCUUUACUACUGCAGGUGGCACCUUCUCUGCAACUUACAGCCUUUGAGUUUCCUGGAACACAAGGAGGUUUAAGUGACUUACCCAGAGUCAGAGGUGGAAUUUGAACCUAGGUCUUUCUACACUGAGGUCAAAUUUCUAUCCACUACACUACCAUAGCUACAAAUACAAAGAAAACCUGUAUGGAAACAAUCCACGUGAAGGGGCUUAGAUUCUGUUAGAGAGAAAUCAUAUGUACACAGAAGAUAUAUACUAAGUGACAUCUGAUGGAGUCAUAGGGCAAUAGGUUGUCAUGCCCUCAGCAAUGAUAAUGUUUAAAAUUUUUAUAAUUUUUUUCCAGUUAAAAACUAUUUCCCUCCCAACUAGGAAGAAAAAAAAAAUCCUUCUAACACAUAUGCAGUCAAAACAAAUUCCUGUAUUGGCCAUGUCCAAAAAAUGUCUUGUGCCCCCUGAGUUCAUGUUUCAGGAGGUCAGUUGAAUGUUUUCUCAUUAGUCCUCUGGAAUCAUGGUUGGUCAAGCAAUGGUAAUGUUUCGAUUAUCAAUACUUGAGCAAGAGGGGAAGGCGUGCAAUGUACUCAGCUAUCCCUAGUCCUGCCUGAUGAUCAAGACGCUAAUCUGUGAAGUCCUAGGACUUCGCUGACUAUAAAGGGGUGAGGCAAGUUUGAGGGACUUAGUUCCAAUUCUUAGGUCAGCCCUUGCCCACCUUGUUUAGAUUUGAAAUCUAAUAGAUACUUGCACAUUUUUCUGUUGAACAUGUUUUUAAAAUCCUUUUGUGCUGUUUUUAUAUAUAAUCAUUAUAUUUGAAUACCUGUACUGUUUCUUUAAUAAA